UUUAGGGGUAACAAUGUCGAAGGUAUCGCGUGAUGCGUUGAAUGAGGCAGUUGCCGAUGUUCUCAAGGGAGCACAGGAAAAGAAAAGAAAAUUCAGGGAGACGGUGGAACUUCAGAUCGGCCUCAAGAACUAUGACCCACAAAAGGACAAGCGUUUCAGCGGUUCCGUCAGGCUGAAGAGCAUUCCCCGACCUGCGAUGAAAGUUUGCGUGUUUGGAGACCAGCACCAUCUUGAUGAGGCUAAUGCUAAUGGCAUUCCGUGUAUGAGCGCAGACGAUUUGAAGAAGCUCAACAAGAACAAAAAGCUGAUUAAGAAGUUGGCGAAGAGCUACGACGCGUUCCUCGCUUCCGAAUCUCUGAUCAAACAGAUCCCUCGUAUUAUUGGUCCUGGUCUAAACAAGGCUGGAAAGUUCCCGUCUGUCGUAACCCAUGCUGAACCGUUGACAGCAAAGGUAGAAGAAACUAAGGCAACCAUCAAGUUCCAGAUGAAGAAGGUCUUGUGCCUCUCCGUUGCUGUGGGCCAUGUUGAGAUGUCCCAAGAAGAGCUCGUGUCCAACAUCUCGCUUUCGAUCAACUUCCUUGUUUCACUUCUCAAGAAAAACUGGCAGAACGUACGCUCGCUCAACAUCAAGUCAACAAUGGGCAAAGCUCAGCACUGUAUUUUCCUCACUAUGCUUCAGUCUGUUGAACAAACUGACGAGGGCGAGAUGCCCGCUUUUGAUCGGCAAGUAGUGGCAAUUGUUGGCGAUGUCGAUUUGUCUCUCACUGAUCGUCUAGUCAAAGCUGUAGGAAAUGACAGCACUGCGGCAGUUCUUCGUCUUGACACCAAAUACUACCAAGCUAGUGUCGGAGUGCGACAGUUCCGCACUGGUCAUGAUCUGGUGAGAUUUUGGAAGCAAGAACCCAACGUUUCUAUUGGAGCUAUUGUACUGAAGCUGAAUACAAGGCACGAAUUGGAGAUCAUGGAAGAUGUGAUAAAGAAAGUCAACUGCGACUCUCAUGUUCUCGUGGCAGAUCAUAGUUCUCUGGAUGGUCUGAAUUUCGCUCAGUCGUGGGCUCACAACUUUCGAUUUGAACUGAUUAUCCUGAACCCAGACAUGAGUCAAAUAGAAGAAGCCAAUUCUUUAAGCGAGCAAUGCGGCAUCAUGAGGCUGAGAGAGGUACUUGAAAAUGUGGCGUGGGAGCUGAAAAAAGACAAUUUCAAAAAGGUGACUGGAAAGGAAGGCCUCGAUCGUCUCUUAGCUAUCAUCGAGGCGUUAAGUGACAGCAGCGAGGACUCUGAUCUAGAGCCCGACGAUGAGGAUAAAGAGGCAAUCUGGCAAGCAUUCUCGUCUUGUGGGCUACCUCCCCACAAUUCUGAAGCCACUACUUCCUCAUCCAUAUCGAAGGAUAACGUAUGCGAGGCAUCCGUUACAAUAACAAUUCAGAACAAAAAGAAAGGUGUUUCCGAUAUCGAGAUUGAGAAUGAUCCUAGCAAUCAAGAAGUGGAUUUAUACAAAGCAUUGAAGGAAACAAGGGAAGCGAAUAUGAAGCAAACGGAUCCAGCCAAAAGAGCCGAUAAUGCUAUAGCUUACUUAGCAAAGUUCCUGGAUGUGACAGAUUUAAAGCUCGAUAAAGACGAAGAGGCAGCUCGUCAGAAAAAAGCGGACUGAGACCCAGUGACAGCGGAUUGCAGACCAUAUAGAUUCGACAGUUCGUCAACUUAAUUUUCAUGAUUUCACGACUUCAAGACGCAUGCUUUGGAAGCGAUGUAUUGUAAAGUUCGAGUCUUGCUGCAGUUUCCCACUUUACAUGCUUUCACAAUAUCUAAUAUUACUUCAUUGUUUCACCUGUCAAGUAUGUGAAAACCAAGCAAAUGAAUAUGUUCAUACAUGAUCA